UGGUGAUUGCGUUGUUGCAGCUUUCAUAUUUUGGCGGGUCAGCCUGGACUUGGAAUGAAAAACGGGGCCAGUACUAUUUGCAUCAGUUCCAUCCGAAACAACCAGAUUUGAACUAUAGGAACCCUCUCGUUGUUCAAGAGAUGAAGGAUGUUUUGACUUAUUGGAUGGACAAAGGAGUAGAUGGAUUCAGAAUGGACGCUGUGAUGACCAUCAUGGAGGACAUUAAACUGCGGGACGAACCACUCUCGGGCAAAACAGAUGUUCUGCCAACUGAUGAGGAAUAUCUUAACCACAUUUACACCAGAGACCAACCGGGGACCUACGAGAUAAUUAAACAGUUCCGAAAACAUCUUGAUGAUUAUUCUAGGAAAACUCACACGGUCAAGUGAGUAUGAUUUUGGAAAGUCGUA